GAGGCUGCGUUCUGUUUCUAUGGCAACACCCCUCCUCCUCAUCCCUUUCCUCACGUUCACAUCUCGUACGCAACCUCCUCUGUCUGAUUCCCUUCUCCGAGGCAACGACCCCCCUGCACUGUGCGAGACCCGCAGCAUCAAUCUGACAGGAGGAUAUAGCAGGAGACGAGACAAGGACACGGAGAAAAAACAUGGCGCUCAUCCCAUCUCAGGUGCUAAGGGUAGCCAUUCUCCUGUCCUAUUUCUCCAUCCUCUGCAAUUAUAAAGCAAUUGACAUGCCCGCGCAUCAAACAUAUGGCGGGAGCUGGAAGUUUUUAACAUUCAUAGACCUGGUGAUCCAGGCAGUUUUCUUUGGCGUGUGUGUGCUGACAGACCUGUCCAGACUGCUGACCAAGGGCAGUGAGAACCAGGAGCAAGACAGGCAGCUUAGGAAGCUCAUUGGCCUGAGGGACUGGAUGAUGGCUGUGCUGGCCUUCCCCGUUGGAGUGUUUGUGGUGACCAUGUUCUGGACCCUGUACUUGUAUGACAGAGACCUGGUGUACCCCAGACUGCUGGACAACUUCAUACCCCAGUGGCUCAACCACGGCAUGCACACAACCGUCCUCCCCUUCAUCAUCAUUGAGAUGAGGACCACGCACCACCAGUAUCCCAGCAGGCCUUGUGGAACGAUAGCUGUGUGCAGCUUUGCCGUGGGAUACGUUAUAUGGAUGUGUUGGGUGAACCAUGUGACCGGCGUGUGGGUCUACCCCCUGUUGGAGCAGAUCAGUCCCCUGGCGAAGGUGGCCUUCUUCUUCUGCCUCACUGUCCUGAUUAACAUCUACUACGUCCUGGGAGAGAUCCUCAACAGCUACAUCUGGGACGGCUCCAAAUGUGUUCUAGACACAGACAAGGCUAAAUCCGACUGAAGGCCAACACGUGUGGGAACCUUGCCAUCAAGUCAAGACCCAGUCCUCACUGGGCUGCCGCAAAGACAGGCCCAAUCCCGACCCGGACUGCAGAAUAACAACCACUGUGUAAAUAAAUGAUGGAGAAAUACGUGGGAAUAUUAUGUUGGUUUUUAAAGCUGUGUUCGGAGUCCUCCCCCUAAAAUUGUUGAGACUGUAGCUAAGAACUGAGAUGCCUGUUUUCCGUCGAUGACAAGGUGGGAUAUGAAUUCUCCACCUUUCUAUUCACUGGAGGUAUGACGAUGACAUUACAUUUACCCACUUAUUAAUAUUGAAUCAUCCUGUUCAUCCACCUCAAAGGCUCAAGUUAUUAUCUGAACACAGAGUAUAGUGUAUUAGUGGAAUGAACUAACUGCUACGGUAUGAUAUUAAUCUUAAGAUGCUUAGGCACGCCAGCAGAGUUAGCAAAAGCCAUGUAUUCAAAUUCUCUUCUCUUUUUUCUUUUGACUGGAGUGCUUUCCAGCGAGGGCAUCUCCUACAGGGGCAUGAAUGAUCGCCUUUUCUUGGAUGUGUAUUGUCUAACAGCUGUACCACAGAAUGUUAUUUUCUGGGACAGCCAGACUGGCAGCGCCGCUGCUCCAAAAUACCUUUUCUUGUUUUAAUGCUUUUGUAAAAAAAAGAAAAAGAAAAAGGAUGACCGCAUUUAAAGUGUAUGGUCUUUCAAUAAAAAGUUGUUAUUUAGAGCGA